UACAAUAUCUUGAAAGAGUCCAUCAACGGUGUCUCCGAGAAAUUUUACACAUCACUUGGGAAGAUAGGCGAGCUAAUGCCAGUGUAUUGGAAGAAGCAAAGAUCACCAGUGUCGAAGCAAUAAUUCUUCAACAUCAACUUCAUUGGACUGGUCCUGUUGUUUGGAUGCCUGAUUAUCGUCUUCCAAAGCAAUUACGCGAGUUGCAUCUACAUGAUGGAGGAAGGAGCACAGAGGGAAGGCUGAACGUCUAAUUUAUUUUUAGCAGCCAAUUGGAACUUUUUUCCCGAGAUGAAGGAGGGAAAGGAAAAAAAAAUUGGUGGUGUACGAGAGAGGCCAGCAGAAGACAGUGUAACCUUUGAGGCUCUGCUGCUUCUGCAAAUGCCAGCACUCAGCUGCUGAGGCGAGGGUCCAAAUGUCCAAACGGCCUCGGUUUUCUUUCGGGACGUCCUGCUACUAGUGCGGAUUCUGACUGGAGUGAUAAUGAUGGGGCCAUACAGCUGCUCCUGCUACCUCUUCCUUCUCCUGCUACCAGGGUUUGGAACUCCAUUUAACAUUGAUGUGAAAAGACCUCAGAUCUUCCGUGGCCCACAGGAAGCCCAGUUUGGGUACAAAGUCCUUCAGUACACAGCCCAGGGGCAGAAAUGGAUGCUGGUGGGGGCACCUUGGGAUGGGACGGCAGAUGACAGAAAAGGUGACGUUUACAAGUGCAUUGUGGGAGAGAGGAACAACUCAACGUGCGCCAAAGUCAACAUAGGUGACAUGGCCCUGCAGAACAACUCCAGGCAAAUCAAAAACAUGCAUUUUGGAAUGUCGCUUGUGGCCAACAAAGAUGACGGGUUUGUGGCCUGUGCCCCCCUGUGGUCCCAGGAAUGCGGCACGUCCAUGUUCAGCACCGGGAUUUGCACCAGCGUGGACGAGAACUUCCGCCUGACGGAAAACAUCGCCCCAACAGCUCAGAGGUGCUCAACUUACAUGGACAUAAUAAUUGUUCUGGAUGGGUCCAACAGCAUUUAUCCUUGGUACGAGGUGCAGAACUUUCUUAGCAACAUCCUUAGCAAAUUUUUCAUCGAUCCAGAGCAGAUCCAAGUUGGGGUAUUGCAGUACAGCGAGGUUGCUGUCCACGAAUGGACACUGAAGGAUUACCAAACAGCAGAGGAGGUCAUUGAAGCCGCCAAAAACAUCAGCCGCCAGGAGGGGCUCGAAACUAGGACAGCGUCUGCCAUCCACAAAGCCUGCACAGAGGCCUUUAGCCCAGAAAGAGGCGGGAGAGAGGGAGCCACCAAGCUGAUGAUUGUGGUGACUGACGGGGAGUCCCACGAUGGCGAAGAACUCCAAGAUGCCCUGGAAGAGUGUGAGAAACGGAACGUGACACGCUACGCCAUUGCAGUGUUGGGGCACUACAUUCGGCGGCAGAAAGACCCGGACUCUUUCAUCAACGAGAUUAAAUACAUUGCCAGCGACCCUGAUGAGAAGUAUUUCUUCAACGUGACCGAUGAGGCGGCCCUGAAUGAUAUUGUGGAUGCCUUAGGGGACAGGAUAUUUAGCCUUGAAGGGACCCGUGAAUACAGCUCAUUCGAGUUGGAAAUGUCUCAGAUUGGCUUCUCUAUGCACCUCCUUGAGGACGGGAUCCUCUUUGGCAUGGUAGGGGCAUAUGACUGGGAUGGCGCAGUCUUGAAGGAGAGCAGGAGUGGGCGGCUCAUCCCGCCAAGGGAGGCCUUUGAGAGGGAGUUCCCCCUGAGGCUGAAAAACCACGCAGCCUAUCUGGGAUACACAGUCUCCUCUAUCAAGCUCAGGAACGGGAAGGGGCUGUAUGUGGCUGGUGCCCCCCGCUUCAAGCACAAGGGGAAAGUGAUCCUGUUUGAGAUGAGCAGUGAUGGCAGCGUAACCAUUUCCCAGGCCCUUACUGGGGACCAAAUUGGCUCCUACUUUGGCAGUGAAAUGUGCCCGGUGGACGUGAAUGGAGAUGGAAUUACGGACGUACUGCUGGUGGCUGCCCCCAUGUACCUGGGCCCACAGAACAAAGAGACAGGCCGCGUUUACAUCUACAAAGUGGGGCAGUUGCUUGUGUCUUUAAACGGGACCCUCCAUGCCGACCCAAAACCUCAAGACGCUCGUUUUGGCUACUCCCUCCUGGCUGUCCCUGACCUUAAUCACGACAGCUAUAAUGACGUUGUGGUGGGCGCACCGCUGGAGGACAACCACCAGGGUGCAGUCUACAUCUAUCAUGGCUACCGCACCACAGUGCUGCCCCGCUUCAAACAGCGCAUUGAGUCGGCCGGCCUCCGCCGAGGCCUCCGCUACUUUGGCCGCAGCUUGGACGGGCAAAUCGAUUUGGAUGGGGAUGGCCUGGUGGACCUUGCUGUUGGAGCUCAGGGUGCUGCGGUGGUCUUGAGGUCAAGGAGGAUUGUGCAGGUCAACACUUCGGUCACUGCUAACCCUCCAUCCAUCAAUGUGAUUCAGAAGAACUGCCAGAGGAACAGAAAGGAGUCUCUUUGUGUGACGGCAAACAUCUGCUUCAGGGUGUCUUCCCGGUCUCUGGGCCCGAGGGACAGCCACUUCAGUAUAAAGUACAACGUCUCCCUGGAUGACAGGAAGUUUGGGGCAAGGGCCAUCUUCGAUGGCAACUCCCAAAAGCUGCUGCAGAAGAGGACCCGGGCCACCGUGGGCAGGACAACCUGCUCGGCAGUCCGUUUCCACGUGAUUGACACCUCUGAUUACUUGAGGCCGGUUGCAGUCCUGGUGAAGUUCGCACUAAAUGAUGCUGAGCCAGGCCCUGUGCUGGAUGAUAAAUCACCCACCAGUGUUAAGAAAUUGAUCCCCUUCUUUAAGGACUGUGGUGAAGACGAUGAGUGUAUAACAGAUCUGGUGUUGCGAGCUCAGAUGGACAUCACAGGAUCCAGGCAGAAGCCGCACGUGAUCCGCAAAGGGAAGCGGAAAGUCUUGGUGGACGUCCUGCUGGAGAACAAGCAGGAGAACGCCUACAAUGCCAGCCUGUGGCUUUGGUUUUCCAGAAACCUCCACUUUUCCAGCCUCGUGCUCAAGGGGGAGAACUCAGUGAAGGUGGAAUGCACCUCCCCGUCUUCCCAAACCCGAGCUUGCCGUGUGGGCUACCCUGUCUUCAGGUCCUUAGCAAAGGUAGCCUUUGUCCUGGAGUUUGAAUUCAGCUGUUCCACCCUUCUGAACAAAGCACAGGUGAAGCUCACAGCCAGCAGUGACAGCCAUGAACUGAAUGAGACCCUGACCGACAACAUGGCACAGCCCCUUGCCUAUAUCCGUUAUGAGCCCGACCUUUUGCUGACCAGCGAGUCUACCCUGAACCGCUACGAGGUGCAUCCUGUUGGGACAUUUCCAAGCGGUAUGAGCCCUGAGUUCAGGACUACUGUCAAGGUGCAAAACCUCGGCUGCUAUGCGGUGGAGAAUCUCUCCCUUGUCAUGGACCUGCCUGCCACAGCCUAUCAGAACAGUGAAUUCCUCUCUGUCACACGCAUCAUUGCAGAUAACGUGACCUGCACCAUGCAAAAUCUGACAGAGGCCUCUCAAAAUGCAGCUGGUGGUGUGAUGAUCCCUGUUCAUCCGGAAGAACUUGUGCACGUAGAGAAACUGAAUUGCACCAACGCCAGAUGCCAAGUGGUGAAGUGUGAGCUGCCGCACAUUGAGAGGAACGCGGAAGUCUCCAUCCACCUGCUGAGAGCGGUUCACAACGAGUUUUUCAGGAGGGCUAAAUUCAAGACCGUGAAGGUUGUGAGCAGGUUCACGCUGACCAGCCAAGAAGAGGAGAGCCUCCUUCUGCUGCCAGAAGCUGCCCAUCAACGGGAGACCAUCUUGGAGAUCAUCCAGACCAAUCUGGUCCCUCUUUCGCUCUGGAUCCUGAUUGGCAGCAUCAUUGGGGGGCUCCUGCUGCUGGCUCUGAUUAUCAUCUGUUUGUGGAGGCUUGGAUUUUUUGCACACAAAAAACCUGGAGAAGAAGAGAAAGAGGAACAAUAAAACAUGGAAUUUGAGCAAGGACUCUUCACACAGGAAAAAUGAGCAAGGGGAGGAAAUCCAGUGGGUGCUGUUGCUGCUGCCCUCCUUUGACUCCCUGUAAAAAGUGAUGGAAGAUCCAGCAGUUCUGAAGACAAUCUGCAGUCUCAUAGCAUCCUUUUGCUUUUGGGAAGCUAAGAAAAUGCAACAACCUCCCCCCGUGUUGGAGCCACAAUUAAACACACCAAUACACACACACUUUGGUCUUCAGACUGGGGUGGGUAAACAUCCAAUUUUGCCCCCCAUGUUCAGGGAGUGGAGAAAAAGUAGCAUGUGCAGGCCAGCUUAGGCCCAACCCUUCAAGGUGACAAGACAACAGAGAUAUGGGUUUCAAAGAGGGCUCCUUCCCCUGUGAAAAGUGACUUAAGUGCUCAAAUCAUGUGGAGCGUCUCUAUUCCAGAUACUUUCUUCAUGCAUUGCAGGAGGUCUCCUUUCCAACUACAAUUCUAUGGUUUCCAUCAGUCCUUUGGGAUGCAGCAGCUUGUCUUGACAAGGUGGAGCGUCUCUCGUCUCCCUCAAACAGAACUUCGUUGCGUAGAAGCAAAACAAAUUUUACAUAGUCCUGUAUUCCUGCUACCACACUGAAGUGAGCGCUACCUUUUGGGUGGGUUGGUGGCUGGUACAGAGCAGCCUCAUUCACUUGGAAUUGCAAAAGGGUAGGGCCCUUUGGUUUGGCAGCUGUGAGCACCACCAGGAAAUCGGGGGAAUGGUUCAUGCCCGUUGCUUGUCUUGUCUGGAUGGAAGAUAGAGAGGGGCAUGUGCCAGUGGGUGUGGAACCCAGCCCCUUGUAAAAAAGGUAAAAUUUGCAUACAUUGCUCUGCCCACUUUUGUGCUUGGCCCCACCCACCACUGGCAGGUGGCUUCCAGAAGGGGAUUUGGCCCUUGGCCUGAAAAAGGUCCCCAACGCCCUCCUUCCCUGUGUGCAACCAGAGGCUUACAAACUGCCUUUCUGUACCACCAAGUGCAUGGAGCUGCCUUCUAGCCUCAAAUGGGAGAAUGAGAUAAGAACAUAAGAGCCCUGCUGGAUCAGGCCAAUAGCCUAUCUAGCCCAGCCUCUUGGUGGUCAACCAGAUUCCCCAAAGGGAAACCCAUGAGCAGGAGGAACCAAGCACAAGAGUCCUCCCCUCCUAUGGUUUCCGGCAACUGGUAUUCAGAAGCAUUGCUGCCUCCCAACUCUGGUGGCAGAGCAGAGCCAUCAUGGCUAGCAGUCACUGAUAGCCUCCUCCUCCUCCAUGAUCUGAUCUAAGCCUCUUUUAAAGUCAUCCAAGUUGGUGGCCAUCACUGCCUCCUGUGGGAGAGAGUUCCAUAGUUUUAACUAUGUGCUGUGUGAAGUUGUAGGCUUACCCAAUGCCAAUGGAUGUGCCAUCCUCCCACUGUGAGCCAGGAUUGCAAUGGAAGGUGGUGGGCAAGGGAUGGGAUAAAGUUGAGGUGUGUGCUGUUCUCCCUACUGCUGUCUUUUUUUUUAACUUGUUUGUGCAAUGGAAAUGUAAGGAUUUGCUUGUCCAGCCCCAGCAAAUGUCUCACCAGAAGCCCAUCAUGAAGCUCACAAAGAUGAGAGCCGGGAGGCAGCUGGUUUCCCUCUUAGGCCAAAUAAUUUUGGACCGCCAUUAAGCUGCAUGAAUUGAAUAAACAAGUUUCUCUCCCCCCACAGUAUUCAUUCUGCUUUGUCGGUCAUGGAGAGGGACACAGAGGCACUGCACCUCUUUGCUGGUCCCAUGAGAAGCUCAGUCUUUGUCAAGGUACAAAUAUAGGAGGAAUCGCCAUGGAUGCCAAUGCCGCUGAAAUCUCAAGAGCUAUGAUCCAGGGAAGGGAAAGAGGCAUGCAGAGCCCUGGUGUCCUGACUGUGGGGACGCCUGUUGGACCAACCCCCCUCCCUGCUGUCUAUAAGGUCUGGGGAUUUUACCAGGCAUUGCACACAUACUCUCAUGCCUUUCGUUUGCCACCUUAAUAAGGGCCAGAUGCUUGCUUUAAAAUUUUUUAGAAGGCAGCUGUGAUUCUCAGGAAGAGUUCUAUGCCGUGCACCAAGUUGUUUUGAAGUGGGGUGAUCACAGAAUUCCCCCAACACUGUAAAAACUUCGGCUUAGUGUUUUGCAUCUAUGUCAGUAGCUCCAAACGUGAAUCCAAAUUUAAUGAUUUAGGACAAGCUAAAAUAACUCAAGCAAUGAUCCAGCUUUCAGGUUCCUCAGAAUGCUUCUUCAGGCUGAUGCUAGCCACAAGGGGGAACAUUCCUGGAAAUGGUUGAAGUGCGGGGGGGGGGGGGAGCCCAAGGUAACUGUUUAAAUUAGUUAGGAGAAGUUAGUUUAAGCUAGUUAGGAGGAGGAAGAGAACUUACGCAAAUGAGGUUAGACAGCCAAGUGCAAAAGAUGUCGCUGGUGGCCCCAAAGCCCGGGGAAGAUUUCUGGGAUGCUCAAAAGCUUGCUCACACCAUCAGUUUCAGCUGGUCCUAAUAAGAAGCGUUCAUCCUACAUGUGCGCUUGGAUUUUUAUUUUCAUGAAGCCUGGAAAACUACCUGUGCCCCCCCCCAAUGUUUUAGAGAAUAAUUCAACUACCCAGGAAAAAGACCCUCGGAAUGGACCUUCAACUAUGUAAAAUGAUAAGGCCUUGGCAGGGUGAGGGUGUACAUGCCCUACAGCCAUUAGGCAAAACUAUUAAAUUUGGUUACUUUGACAUUUAUUUAGUUGGUCCUAAUAAAGGUUUUUUCCAACUAUA